CGGGACAGGGACACGGCAGGGACAGGGACACGGCCGGGACAGGGACACGGCAGGACCGGGACAGCCCCAGCGGGAUGGGCUGCGGGCAGCGGCGAUGGAGCCCCGGUGCCCGGCGUGGCUGCAGCUGUGCCCGCGGCCGUGCCGCCUGCUGCUGCAGGCUCUGUGCUCGGGCCCGGCCGGGGCCGUGGCCGCGCUGCGGGCGCUGCAGCGGGGCCAGCCCCGCCAGGGCCCAGGGCAGCCCUUCCCCUGGCCGGCUCUCGCCGCAGCCCUGUGCGCCCAGGAGCCCUGGCUGGAGGGGACACAGGACACCCUGGCUCUCAAGCCACGGCUGCUGCUGCUGCCCGUUUUGUGCCAGAGGAACCUCUUCUCCCUGCUCCUCGUGGUGCAGGAUGCAGUGCCACGGGACUGCCUGCACCAGCUGCUCCAGGCCUUGGGGCAGGACUCCCGUGUGGAUCCCUGGGUGCAGACUCUGGGGGGUCUGCUCCAGCAGGGACCAAGGGCAGAGGAGGGCUCCCCACGUCCCACUGCCCUGUCUACUGUGUGCCAGCAGCAGCUCAGGGGCCUGUGCCAGAAAAUUGCCCAGAAGAAACCAGAGGGACAAAGAAAAUUGACCUGGUGCUUCAGCAGGCAGCCUGGUGCCCCUGACUCUGUGCCUCAAGGUGGGAAGCGUAAGAAAGUGUCAGAGGAGAGCCUGGAGCUGGACACUGAGGGAGAGAGGAACAUGCUGGAGGAGGUGGCAUGCGAGCCCCUGGGGCCCCAGGAAUGUGGAGAUGUGGCAGAGGAGGUGCCUGAGGAGCCUUCAGGGGACACGUCUGCUCAGAGCACGGACCAGGCUGCUCGGGACAGCUCCCAGCAGCAUGCAGCUGGGGAGCUCAGGAAGGUUCCCCAGACAGAGCUGGCAGCAGAGGUCCAGUCCUUUGUCCAGGUGCAUGGACAGGGCCUGAAAGUGCUGCUGCUGCAGGACUCCAGUCACUCGGAGCUGCACCCCCCACCCAAGCUGAGCAUCCUGAACAGCUGCAGCCCCAGCCAGCUCGAGGGGCUGUGCUCCUUCCUGCAGCUCUCCACGUGCCCAGAGCCCCUCCUGGUGCGUUUCUGCAGCUGGCUGCUGGCUCUGAGCCCCGACCUCAGCUACACCAGCGCAGCCAUCCUGGCAGAGCAGCUCUUCCUCAGGCGGGUCCUGUCCCUCUCCCAGCCGCCUUCCCGACACCUCAUGGCUGCCCUGAGUGCGUUUUGCUCCAAGUACUCCCAUCCCUUGUGCCGUGUGCUGGUGGCUGCAGUGCUGCAGGAGCCAGGGGAAGGUGCUGAGCAGACCAAGCUGAUGUGUGAGCUCGUGGAGGAGUGCCUGGAGCCCCACGCUGUGCAGCUGCUGCUGAGCCACGUCCUGGAGGUGCCUUUGUCAGAGAAACUGCUGCCAGUGCUGCAGGCCGUGCUGGGCCGGCAGGAGGUGCUGCCCGCUGAGCUCUUGGAUCUGCUGGUGCUGACUCUGUGCCAGCAGGCUCCAGCCUUCUCCACGUCACUCAGCUUCGCCAGGCUGGUGACAGCCGUGCUCACGGUGUGCCAGAGCCAGGUCAGCCCAGCUCACAGGAGCAGCCUGGCUGCUGUCCUGGACCGGAGCACGGCGGCGCUGAAGAAAUCUCUGCAGGCUGUGCUGGAAGGGGCCAGGUGACCACCCGAAGGAACCGUGAGGGGGCAGGUUCCUGGUGUGGAGGACACUCCUUGCACAGCAGCAGCCACAGCCACCCCUCACUGGGUGAGGUGGGACCCUGUGAGGGGGUCUGUUCCCCCCCAGGGCCUCCUGGCAUGGGGGGCUCCUGCUGGCAGUGCCAUCCCAGCCCCCCACGCUCCCUGGGGAUUGGAGGUUGAACAAUUCAUGUGUUUUCAUGUGUUUUCAUGUGUUUUCAUGUGUUUUCAUGUGUUUUCAUGUGUUUUCGUGUGUUUUCGUGUGUUUCCAGGUUCACAGUUCAUGUGUUUCCAGGUGUUUCUGUGUGUUUUCCCUUGGGCUUGCCACCCUACGAGGGGACCUGGCCCUCCUGUGCUGGGGGCCAGGCAGGACACAGCCCAUGCAGAGCUUCCAGGUGCUGAGUUCUCACUGCCCAAAACCCUCACUGAACCAGGGCAGACAUUGAUUUGAGGCUGCACGAAGCUGAUAAUUCUGGAUUUAGUUCAUUGUCUCCAUUUGACCUCAGCUCAUUCCAAGGCACGAGUUCCAUGCACAUCCACAUUCCUGCUCCCAUGGUGCAGGCUGUGCUGCUUUGUGGAUCUGAUCUGCUGGGAUUUACACAUCUCUGCGUGCAGGAGAGUGGGAUUUAACUGAAUUCCAGCUGAAUUUAGCUGGGAAAUUUGAGUGUUCUGCUUUAAAUCCACCCUUCUUUCCUGUUUGCCUGGCACGUGAGGGGCCCUGCUGUGUGUGCCACAUUUCUGGUGAUGGUGACACUUCUCAUGGCCCUAACAGUGCUUGUGUGGCACGACUGCUCAAAAUUCUAUCCUGUAUUCUUGAAAGUACCCACUGAAACCUCAUCUAGGCACCUCCUGCUCUGGGAACUGGGAAGAAAAGGUUGGGACAGAGUGGAGACUCAGGCAGGUAGAGCUGGGGUUUCAGUGAGGUUUUGAAGCAUUGCAUAUUUCAGGAGCUGUUUAAAAAUCCAUAAACAUCCACAAAGGGAGAAGGAGAGUUAUAACAUUCAGGUGUGACUGCUCCAGGUUUGCUCAAUAGUGUUUAGAUCCCAGCCAGAGGAAGGAAACUCUGAGGCAUUAGGUGACACUGUUAAGGCUGAGAGCCAGGUUUCUUUAUGUAAGAAUCUCUUAAGCUAUUUUAGGUGACAGUGGGCUGAUGAGGCUUCAAAGCCCGCAUUAGUGGAGGAUGGAAACCUCCAGGGAGCCAGCUUGUUGAUGUGUUUGCAUUCCAGCGAGUUAGUGGCUGAGUGAAGUGAAGCUAUUGUAGGGCUGCCCAAAACACGACAUAAAUAGAAAUUGUGCCACGAUCAUCAAGGUCUAAGCCUGCUCUUCUGGCUUUAUUAGGUAGCAGGCUCUGAUCUUUGCAGCUUCCCUGCCGAGCUUCCACUGAGUGACCUCGGUGUCAUUGUCCCCAGUGCUGUGCCUGGCUGUGGCUGCUGCUCACAUGGAGAUGGCCACGGCCUUGUGGCAAGAGCCUUCUUAGCCCUGGGUUUGCUCUUGGCUGCAGCUUGUCGUGUGCUGUGGGCUCUUCUGAGGUGUUCAUGCAGAUAGCAGUCAUGGAAGGAGGGCUGGCAGCACACCCUGGGCACCCUGCACGUGCUGCUGCAACACUGCUUGUUUACCUGCAGGUGGGCAGCACAGAAAAUUCCACUUUUGACUCCUCUUGACCCUUGCAGGAAUUUCAGAAUCCAUCCUGGACAGCUCAGAGAGGUGGAUGCAGCACAAACCACCAGCCAGAUUUUAUAUUCAGCAGAUCCUUGGCCAAGGGUGGCAGGAGUGCCAGGAGUGGCUCUGUCCUUGUCCUGAUUCAGGAGCAGUGGUGGUGAAGGGUCUGAAGCUUUGUCUGAGACCUUCCCUGGGCUGGAGGUAGCAGGCAGAGUGUGAUUUCCAUCCAGUUUACUUGUGAUCACUGGCAGUGGUUCCCCACCUGCUUCCUCUUCUGUUUGCAGAGUUUUACUUCACGUUUCAGAGGGGAUUUCCCUUUUUGGUCUCGUAGUUCUCGGGGUUUUUUGGAAGGAAAUUCAUCGUAUGCAGUUGUCUGUUGUUGUCUGUCCACUCUGCUGCCUCCACACCCUGCACAGGGAUUUCUGAGCCAGUUUCAUGGCAAGAUGAUUCCUGCAUGCCCAGGUGCCUCCUGGGGCUGUGCUCGGGCAGCACUGAGCCUCUUUGGGGUUCACACAAGGCUCUGGGGUCUGUGGAUGUUGAACACCAGGCACCAGAGCCAUGCAGGGACCUUGGGCCGUGCAGCCCCUGGCUGGAAAGGGCUGGAACUCAGGGGCUUUCCAAAAUGGCCUGUGUCCAUCCCCCAGGGGCUGCCCCUCUCCAAACAGGAGCUCCAGGCUGUUGCUGUUUCCCCUCCUGCAGUGCCAGGGGUCCCCCCACUUCUCCCUGGGGUAACUGUGCAUCCAGUACAGCCUGCUUAUCUCACCUGUAAUCCCCAGCAUGCUGCUGCAGUUCUGCCUGCAAACCUGGGGGCUGUGACACCCAAAUGUGAGCCUGAACUGCUCUGGGGGAGGCCCAGCAAUAUUUAUAUUUUUUCACUUGGGGUUUAAAACUGAAUAAAAAAGAAGAGCAAUUUUC